GGCGUUGAUAAAAAGGGGAGAGGCUGCCAAGAGAUGUGCUUGAGCAGGAAGAGACUGCCCUGCCAACAGCCAGCCUUGGCUAUCACUCUCUCAAGAGGCUUGGAGGAUGUUCAGGGUUCUUUCUUUCAUGAUGUACUUCUCAUGGGUUACUCAGAAGUUCCCUCACUAGGGUUAUCUAACUGCAGAUCCCUCAGAAUCAAUGUCCCUCCACUGGCUUUACAGCACUGAAUCCAAGUCUACCUCCGACCACUUUCUGUUAAGGAAUAUGACAAACCUGAAGAUACCUGAGGAGGUAGCUACUGCUGUACAAGGGUAAAGAAGUGUGUGUUCCCAUGGAUGAUUCAAGCCUGUCCAGCAGUAUUGAUGUAGACAAAGGCUUUGCCAUCGCCUUUGUUGUUCUUCUGUUUCUGUUCCUAAUCGUGAUGAUUUUUCGGUGUGCCAAGUUGGUGAAGAACCCCUAUGAGGCCAGCUCCACAACAGCAGAACCGUCGCUGAGCUGAACUAUGAAAAAGCCUGAAAGACUCCUCCUCAGGGGAGAUAUUAAAUCUUCUAUACAGGUGUUUAUGAUCUGGACUUCAUAUUGGUUCCCCUCUCUGUGUGUCAGCCUUCUCACUCUGGCAUUCCACAAUAGGCACAGAAGGGUGAGUUGAGAAUAAUAAAAAGGAUGAAACACAGCCAGUUUAUAUUCCUAUUCAGGGAAAUGGUUACAAAGUGGGACAGAGACAGGUUGAACUCAUUGAUUAAAAUAAGGCCAUGGGUUUCAAUUCUCCAGUAUCAAAUGUCCUUAAGAUAGUUGGACAUAAUUUUUGAUGUAAUGCAAUACAAUAUAAUAAUGCUGGGGCACCUGGGUGGCUCUAUCGGUAGAGCGCCUGACUCUUGAUUUUGGCUCGGGUCAUGAUAUUGUGUUCGUGGGCUCGAGCCCCACAUCAGGUUCUGUGCUGAUAGCAUGGAGCCUGCUUGGGGGUUCUCUGUCUCCCUCUCUCUCUGCCUCUUCCCUGCUCAUACACUCUCUCUCUCAAAAUAAAUAAAUAAAAAUUAAAAAAAAUAAUGCUUGGAAGGCCCACCUAAAACCAGAAUUCCUAGAGGUGGUCCUAGAAGAUCCCUCUGGUUAUGCAAAUAUAAGGCCAGCAGGAACCAAUUGUUCUUUGAUAAGAGUCUAACAGGACCUUUUUAGUGUGUGAGGUUUUAAAAAAAUCUGCUACCCUUCUCAAGUGGGCAGAGCUGUGUGGUAGAGGGGGAGCAAUUUGUCUUCAGGGAAUCCCUUACUCUUUCUCAACCCCACAUUUCCUCAUUUAUAAAAUAAUAUCUAGUAGAUUGAAAGGGGCCCUCCAAAAGAUGCGUCCAUGUCUUCCCCUGGAAACCUAUGAAUGUUUUCACAUAUUUGGCAAAAGGAUCUUUGCAGAUAUAAUUAAGAAUCUCAAGAUGAAUUCUUCCUGGAUUAGCUGGGUGAGCCCUAAGUCCAAUGACAAAUGUCCUUUGUAAAAGACAGACGAGAAGAUACAGAGAGACAGAGGAAAAGGCCCUGUGAAGACAGAGGCAGAGAUUGGAGUCAUGCAGCCACAAACUAAAGAACACUUGGCUGGAACCAACAGAAGCUGGAAGAGGCAAGGGAUGAUUCUCAUCAGAGCCUUUGGAGGGAGCACAGCCCUGCCAACACCUUGCUUUUGGAUUGCUAGCCUCUAGAACUGUAAGAGAAUAAAUUCCUGUUGUUUUAA